ACUCAUAAAUUUCGACAAUCAGUGGCACUGCAUUCAUUGCUGGCAGACUAAUUGACGAUGUUAUUUAGUGGUGUCAAUUAAUGUGCACCUCGCGCGCGGAGUUAAUAUGUAAAUCAUCUAAAUUGCGUCACUUUUUAUUUUGAAACUGAAAGCAAGCAGAAGCAUAUGUAGAACAAUAUCUAUUAACAACCAAAAUUUAUUCGUUUGUUUUGUUAAAUAAUAUAUUCGCAUUUGUGUACCUGAAUAAUCCGCAAGUGGUCGUAAAAUAUUGAAAACUCGUUUGACCGCAUAUUUCAGUACAUGUGUCGAGUUGUUGUCGCAUACCGCGCACACCAAAACAACAGCUGAUGUGCAAUAAUAUUUGUUUUGUUUAUUUUUCAAGUUUUUUUGUGUUAAACAAAUACAAAGUGUUUAUUUUUUAUAAAUUUCCAACAACAAAAAAAUUUAAAAUAAAAGUGCAAAAUUUUUAAAAAGUAUUUCCAAAAUAAGUGUUAAAAGUGUUGUAUGUGACAAUAAUACAAAAACAUAAACAUGGGCAAUAAAUUAUCAAAUUGCUCCUUUUGCGAGCAUUUUCAACACGGCAGCUGGAGUCCCGCGCAACGCGCCAAAGAACCAGCGUCGUCAGUGCGUAUGAUGAACGUGAAUGUCAAUGCCGGUGUCAUCUCUAAUUUGGCAAUCGAUAAAACGGACGAAGCCGAUGACGUACUCACCGUACACAACGCUGAUCUCUGCCUGACCGAGAACAAUGACGAACACAAAACAGAUCACUUCUUCGCCGCGAAAGAGGCGUUAAUUGUGCGACGCGGUGAUCCAUUUCGUUUGCGUAUACAUUUCAAUCGCUCAUAUAAUCCCACACGUGAUGCCAUCAGUUUUAUAUUAACCGUUGCCGAUGAAAGCAAACCCACUCCGGGACAUGGCACAUUGGUGGGUCUGGUGCCGCGUGAUGGCAUAGACUACCUAGGCGAUCCACUGGAGUGGGCUGCUGGCAUUGAGUCGCAUGAGGACAAAGUGCUAACGGUGCUUAUAAAACCAGCUGUCGCUUGUCCGGUGACCGAAUGGAAAUUAGAUAUUGAUACGAAAUUACUAAAUGAUGGCUCAAAGACCUUCACCAUACCCGUGCCGAUUUACAUACUCUUCAAUCCAUGGUGUCCGGACGAUCAAGUCUAUUUGCCGGAUCAUGAUCAACGCAAGGAAUAUGUUAUGCAUGAUACGACGCUCAUUUGGCGUGGCUCAUACAAUCGUAUGCGUCCAUCUGUGUGGAAGUUGGGACAAUUCGAGCGUCAUGUGUUGGAAUGUGCGAUCAAAUUGAUUGGUACCGUGGGACGCAUACCGGCCGCUUAUCGUGGUGAUCCAGUGCGUGUGGCGCGUGCGCUAUCGGCCGCUGUCAAUUCGGUGGAUGAUGAUGGUGUUAUACUGGGCAAUUGGAGCGAAGAUUUCUCCGGUGGCACUGCGCCCACUAAAUGGGUGGGUUCCACCGAAAUCUUGCAAGAAUUCUAUAAAACACAGAAACCAGUGAAAUAUGGACAAUGUUGGAAUUUCUCCGGUGUACUAACAACGAUUGCGCGCACGCUCGGCAUACCAUCACGCAUAGUCACGUGCUAUUCGGCGGCGCAUGAUACGCAAGGUUCGUUAACAGUGGACAUAUUCAUCGAUCAGAACAAUAAGAAAUUGGAUGCGGAAACCACGGACUCCAUAUGGAAUUAUCACGUUUGGAAUGAGGUGUGGAUGCAACGUCCCGACUUGGGUAUCGGACCAUAUGGCGCUUAUGGCGGUUGGCAGGCAGUGGAUGCCACACCACAAGAGCCCUCCGACAGUAUGUACCGUGUGGGACCGGCAUCUGUGAUCGCGGUUAAAAACGGCGAAAUCUUGCGCCCAUUCGACUGUGGCUUCGUUUAUUCGGAAGUGAACGCCGACAAGGUAUAUUGGCGUUAUAAUGGACCAUAUCAACCCAUUAAGCUGUUGCGUAAGGAUACACUGGCGAUUGGACAUUUGAUCAGCACGAAAGCGGUGCUCAAAUGGGAACGUGAAGACAUCACAGCCACAUACAAGUAUGAAGAGAAGACUGAUGAGGAACGCAACAUAAUGCUGAAGGCAUUGAAGCAAUCCGGUCAUGCUUUCAGCCGUUAUUACUUAAACGACAAUUUCAACGAUGUCGAAUUCGAUAUGUCGCUGAAGGAUGAUAUAAAGAUCGGUGAGAGUUUUACAGUUAUUGUAAAGAUUACAAACAAAUCCAAAGACGACACGCACGUGGCGAGUGGUCAGCUAAACUGCGAUGCUGUGUUGUAUACGGGUACCAAUGCCGAGGAGGUGAAAUCGUUGCCAUUCGAACUCGAAUUGAAGCCGGAAAUGUCGGAAUUCGUGCGUAUGGAAGUGCAAUUCGAUGAAUACUUUAAAAAAUUGACAUCACAAGCUGCUUUUAAUAUAUCCUGUGCUGCUAAAGUGAAAGGUACCGAUUAUGAAUAUUACGCGCAAGAUGAUUUCCGCGUACGCAAACCGGAUAUCAAAUUCACAUUCCAAGGCAAAAUAGUGUCACAGCAGCCCGUCGAUGUGAUUGUACGCUUAACGAAUCCUCUGCCCAUACCGCUUAAGAAGGGUAUGUUCUAUAUUGAGGGACCGGGCAUUGAGAAAGCAUUGCGGUUUAAGAUCGCCGAAAUCCCCGUGGGUGGUACCGCUGCUUCCACUUUCAAAUAUGUGCCACCAUAUGCUGGACGCGGUACAUUGUUGGCCAAAUUCAAUUGUAAAGAACUCGACGAUGUUGACGGUUAUACACAUUACGAAAUUGAGCCCCGACCGGAGGAUAUUAUCAAUAAUGGCACACAUAUUUCACAUAACAUUAUAAGACGCCGUACUGAUGUCAUAGCUUGAGAAGGAAUAAUACAAUUUGUAUGGACAAACAAAUCUCAAUAAGUAGCAUUAAUAUUCAUACAUAAAUACAUAUAUACGUAAUCUGUAGUGUUAGGCCGAUUCCUAUUAAUCGAUCGGACUCUAGUAAUCUUUAUGCACAUAAUUAUGAAUAUAAGUAAGUGCAUUUUAAUAAGAAGAAAGCGACAUUUUUUAUAUUAGUAUUACCAAUAAAUUAUUUUAAAUACAUUUUAAA